UUUGCGCCCAAGCCCUCUCCUCCCGUGCCCGACGUGGUCGACGACCCCGCCUGGCUGAUCGCCACCUCCGGCUUCUGCUCGAACCUCAACGUCGUGAUGAAGGAGCGCGACGUCGAGGCGAGCGAGACGGAGGGCGAUACCGCGGCCCACUUCAUCGCCGACAUCGCCUUCAACUACUACCCGCAGACGGCGGUCAAGUUCACCGAUUUCCCGAACCACCUCGCAAAGGCCAUCGAGGGCGACGCGGCAGAAGCGGACGCGCUGGUCUCGAGCGCAUGGGACCACAAGAAUAUCGCGCUGCUCGAGCCGACGUCGACGUGCGGCGCUGACGAACACAACGACCAGGCUUGGGGCAUCUCGGUCUUCAAGGUGAAGGAGCACCGCCACUGCACUGACGGCGAGACCGCGUGGGAGGGGCAUCCCUGCGUCCACUACUCCGGCUACGUCUCGGCGGCUACGUCCAACUUUGUCAACGUGAACGAGGGGCGAUUUGUCUGCCAGCUGUUCGUCGAUUCGAUUGUGGAUGAGGCGAUCGAAGCGGGUGUCUAUGUCGCGCUUGCAGCUCUCAUCGAGCCUCACAAGACGUGUGAUUUGUGGAACCUUGAGCCCUGCGUGACAGACGGGAAGAACAAAAUGAAGGACGUCAUUCGCAAGUUGCAGGAUGAGGUUCGCCAGCUUCCUACUUGCGACAAACGUGGCGAAGGCCUAGUCAAGUCCGUGAUGGAUUUGGUGUGUUCCGUCGACUCUGUUUUGGACCAGUGGAAAAAUGCCGUGUGCGAUGUGUGCCACUCGUAUUGCGAUCGCGAGGCGCGCGAAGGGGGCAAAUCGGCCCGCUGCGGCACCGCUGGCAACGCCUUCGAGAGGGAGUCGCUCGACUGCCACAUCGGGUGCUAG